GCGGCGAGCGCGGCCUCGUGGGGCAUGGGGCGGCGGGCGCGGGCGCGGCGGCAGGCUCCGCCGCGGCGGGGGCCGGGGGACGCGGAGGACGGCGGCGCCGAGGGCGGCGGGAAGCGCGGCGACGCGGGCUGGGAAGGCGGCUACCCCGAGAUCGUCAAGGAGAACCCGCUGUUCGAGCGCUACUACCGGGAGCUGGGGAUCGUGCCCGACGGCGAGUGGGAGCAGUUCAUGGCCGCGCUGCGCGAGCCGCUCCCGGCCACGCUGAGAAUCACCGGCUACAAAAGCCACGCAAAAGAAAUUCUCCACUGUCUGAAGAACAAGUAUUUUAAGGAAUUGGAGGACCUGGAGGUGGACGGUCAGAAAGUGGAAGUUCCACAGCCCUUAAGUUGGUAUCCUGAAGAACUUGCCUGGCACACAAAUUUAAGUCGGAAAAUCUUGAGAAAGUCUCCACAGUUGGAGAAGUUUCAUCAGUUCCUGGUCAGCGAGACAGAAUCUGGAAACAUCAGUCGUCAGGAGGCUGUCAGCAUGAUCCCACCACUGCUGCUUGAUGUCCGGCCGCAUCAUAAGAUCUUAGAUAUGUGUGCAGCACCUGGAUCGAAGACCACACAGCUCAUUGAGAUGCUGCAUGCAGACAUGAGUGUCCCCUUCCCAGAGGGGUUUGUGAUCGCUAAUGAUGUGGACAACAAGCGCUGCUACCUGCUCGUUCAUCAGGCCAAAAGGUUAAGCAGCCCCUGCAUCAUGGUGGUGAACCACGACGCGUCCAGCAUCCCUAGACUCACGGUGGACACGGACGGGAGGAGAGAGAUUCUCUUCUACGACCGGAUCCUAUGUGACGUCCCUUGCAGCGGCGAUGGCACCAUGAGGAAGAACAUCGACGUGUGGAAGAAGUGGAGCCCCCUCAACAGCCUGCAGCUGCACGGCUUACAGCUGCGGAUUGCCACGCGAGGUGCCGAGCAGCUGGCCGAAGGGGGGAGGAUGGUGUACUCCACGUGCUCCCUGAACCCCGUCGAGGAUGAAGCGGUCAUCGCGUCCUUGCUGGAGAAGAGCGAAGGUGCUCUCGAGCUUGCGGACGUGUCUGGGGAGUUACCAGGACUGAAGUGGAUGCCUGGAGUCACUCAGUGGAAGGUCAUGACGAGAGACGGGCAGUGGUUUGCCGACUGGGACGAGGUCCCCCACAGUCGUCACACCCAAAUCCGACCUACCAUGUUCCCGCCGAAGGAUCCAGAGAAGUUGCAGGCCAUGCACCUAGAGCGGUGCCUUAGAAUAUUACCCCAUCAUCAGAAUACUGGAGGGUUCUUUGUGGCAGUAUUGGUCAAGAAAGCUUCAAUGCCAUGGAAUAAACGGCAACCAAAGGUGCAGGGCAGAUCUGCAGAAACCAGAGAAACCUCACAGUCGAGCCCCGUCACCCCCACCGAGGAAAGCCUCACCGACCCCUGUGAGCUGCAGGAUCAGGCGGUGGCUGGAUCUGGUGACACAGAAACCACGGGGACAGCCGUGAGCUCCGAGAAUGAGAAUAAGAAAGAUGGCGUGUGUGGCCCUCCUCCAUCAAAGAAAAUGAAGCUAUUUGGAUUUAAAGAAGACCCGUUUGUAUUUAUUCCUGAAGAUGACCCAUUAUUUCCACCUAUCGAGAAGUUCUAUGCUCUGGAUCCUUCCUUCCCAAGGAUGAAUCUGCUAACUCGAACCACAGAAGGGAAGAAGAGGCAGCUCUACAUGGUUUCCAAGGAGCUGCGCAACGUGCUGCUGAACAACAGUGAGAAGAUGAAGGUUAUUAACACGGGGAUAAAGGUGUGGUGUCGAAAUAACAGUGGCGAAGAGUUUGACUGUGCCUUCCGGUUGGCACAGGAGGGAAUAUACACACUGUAUCCGUUCAUUAAUUCAAGAAUUAUAAAUAUAUCCAUGGAAGAUGUCAAGAUCUUGUUGACCCAGGAAAAUCCCUUUUUUAGAAAACUCAGCAGUGAGACAUACAGUCAAGCCAAGGACCUGGCCAAGGGAAGUGUCGUGCUGAAAUACGAACCGGAUUCUGCGCGACCCGGCGCCCUUCAGUGCCCCAUCGUGCUGUGCGGGUGGCGGGGAAAGGCCUCCAUUCGAACUUUUGUGCCCAAGAACGAGCGGCUCCAUUACCUCCGCAUGAUGGGGCUGGAGGUGCUGGGGGAGAAGAAGAAGGAGGGGCUCAUCCUCACCAGCGAGAACGCGGCCGACCCUCAGCAGCCAGAGGACCGGGAGGGCGCGGAGGCCGAGGCCGACGCCCCGGACGCCACCCCAGGCUGUGACCCUGCCGCAGCCGAGCCGCCCCGGUGAGGGCCGGCCCGCCGAGCUGCUCGCUUCCCCUGGUGUUGGAAACCCGGCCCAGAGCCGCCUCUGAACUGUCAAGUGUAUUUCUUCCAAAGCCUGAAAGCGGGUGCGAGCUCAGGAGCCGCCCCGCCCUGCCCGAGGUGAUGAGGAGGAGCGUUCUCCAGCCUCGAGGGGAGCUGGGUCCGCGCUGCCCUUGCAGGACGGUCAGGCCCCUCGUUCUUGUGGGUCUCAGCGUCGUCGUUAUGAUGACCGCGGCGGGAGGACUUGGCAUCUCCUGGUCGCCGCCGUCGCGUCCGUCACGCGUCCUUGGCUGAGUGCUGGGUUUGGCCGCUGCGGCCUCAGGUGACUUCUGUGCCUUUGCUCCUAGAGGGGGGAUAAGCUUUCUUGGGUUUGCACUCUGUUGAGAACUGUCGUGCCAGCCACGGAGGCUUCGUGCUUUUCUUCCGGGGUGCUCUCGACGGGAGUGGCCAGCCUCGGGUGUCUCAAUAAAGAGCUCUCAAUG